CGUUUUCAUUUAUAAAUUCUUUAACUAUAUUUUAGUAAAAGAUAUGUUUUAAAUACCCCUUAUAGGAUGUCCCUACUGCCCCUCUCCUUUUUCCUAUAAAACCGGGCUAAUAAAAUUCUAUACCAUAAAUGGCGACUUCUAGUUCUCAUCUAGCCAGCUUUCUUUCCUUUGUCUUCACCAUUUUAUUUACCUUCAAUAUAGCAAAAGCUCAAUCCAAUGUAACACGAGGUUCUUCUUUAAGGCCUACAGGUGCCACCACCUCAUGGUUAUCGCCGUCGGGACUAUACGCCUUCGGUUUCUAUCCACAGACAGGUGGCUACGCUGUCGGUAUUUAUAUUGCCGGAAUUGCAGAAAGAACUGUUGUAUGGACGGCCAAACGCGACACCCUUCCACUCUCCAAUGAUUCUACUUUGCGUUUCACAACCGAUGGAAGGCUGGUCGUGGACCAACCACAAGGCCAACAGAUCAGUAUCUCUGACACCGGCGGUAUCGGUGCUGCUGUUGCUUCCAUGAAAGACUCCGGCAACUUUGUGCUCUAUGAUUCCGACCAGAGGACGAUAUUAUGGCAAAGCUUUGACCACCCCACUGAUACCCUUUUGGUUGGACAGCGUCUUGUAGCCGGUCAAGCUUUAUUUUCUUGUGUCUCGGUGGCAGACUACUCCAUUGGGAUUUUCAAGCUCAGUAUGCAAAUCGAUGGGCACCUUUUAACAUUCCCGAAUUUAGGGUUUCCAGAUGUCACUGCUACUCAAUACUGGUGGUCUAACACCCCCGACACGGGACCUAACGUUGCACUGAAUCUUGAUUCCGAUGGCUUUCUUUACUUGUUGCAAAAUUCAACUUUUUACAUCAAGAAUCUAACACAAGGAGGCUAUCGUCGAGAAGAUGCAAUCUAUCGCCUGAAAAUUGACGUGGACGGCAUCUUACGACUUUACUUUCGUGAUUUAAAUAACACGGGCCAGAACGACUCAGUCAUAUGGGUAUCUUCUACAGACAAGUGUGUUGGGCGAGGUCUUUGUGGCGUAAACGGGUAUUGUUAUGUCAUGAACGACGCUGCGACAUGCAGAUGUUUACCAGGGUUUGAUUUUGUGAAACCUGGGUCUUGGUCUUCAGGUUGCAAAAGAUAUUACACAGCAGAAACCUGCAAAAUUCCCGAUGGAGAUAAAGGUAACUUUUCCCAGAUGACAAGGUUGCCUAAUAAUACUUAUUGGGAAGAUGCGGCAUACGCUCUUCCAAAAGCAUCAAACCAAGAAGAGUGUUCACUUGCUUGUACGAAUGACUGCAAAUGCGAGGCGGCACUGUUCACAGGACAGAGUUGCAGGUUGCAGAAGCUCCCUUUAUUAUAUGUGCAAGUAAGAGAUAGUGAGUCAAAUGUCGGUUUGAUUAAAGUAUAUGUGGCUUCUGUAAAUAACGGAUCGAAUCCAACUAAUUACCCAUCAGACCAGGUCAGGAAAGUGCGACAAGUGAAAUUCUUAGUUAUAGCGGUUUCACUUGCCUCGGUUGCAGUACUCGUUUUGCUACUUUCUGGAGUAAUCAUGUGGAGAUCUCACGUUUGGGCUUACAAAAAGAUUUCUGAGCAUGUAAAUGUUCAAUUGUUCGAGGAUGUUGGGCUCCGGGGAUUUUCAUAUGCUGAGCUAGAGAAAAUCACAGAUGGUUUUAAAGUAGAACUGGGCAGAGGAUCGUUUGGGAUAGUGUACAAAGGAAUAAUAGAGAGCCCCAUGAAGAUGGUGGCUGUGAAGAAAUUGAAGAAAGAGUUGGCACAAGAAGGGGAAAGAGAGUUUCAAACUGAAAUGAAAGUGAUUGGGAGAACUUAUCAUCGUAAUCUAACAAGGCUGCUAGGUUAUUGCUGUGAUGGUCCCGAAAGGCUCCUCGUUUUGGAGUACAUGACCAGAGGAUCACUUGCGGAUGUAUUAUUUCAUUACAAAGAAAGCAAGCCAUGUUGGACAGAGAGAAUUAGGAUUGCUCUAGACAUUGCCCAUGGCAUCUUCUACUUACAUGAAGAAUGUGAAACACCCAUAAUUCACUGUGAUAUCAAGCCUCAAAAUAUCCUCAUGGACGAGUAUGGAUGUGCCAAGAUUUCCGACUUUGGAUUGGCAAAACUACUCGAACAUGACCAAACUAAAACAUCCACCUUGAUAAGAGGAACAAGGGGUUAUGUUGCGCCUGAAUGGCACAAGAAGCUCCCCAUAACAGUUAAAGUGGAUGUGUAUAGUUUUGGAAUCGUUUUAUUUGAGAUUUUAUGUUGCCGAAGGAAGUUUGAUAACAGCCUUCCAUCUGAUGAAGCCAUUCUCGAAGAAUGGGUCUAUGAAUGUUAUGAAACAGAUGAAUUAUUCAAACUAGUGAAUGAUGCAGACGUAGAUAGAAGAACACUAGAACGGAUGAUCAAGAUAGGCCUUUGGUGCACUCAAGAGGAUCCGUCCCUCCGCCCCUCGAUGAAAAAAGUAGUGUUGAUGCUUGAAGGGACUGUCAAAAUCCCAAUACCUCCAAAUCCUACUUCAUUCUUGAGUGUCGUUUAGUUUUGUAAGUACCAUUUUGAACAAUAACCCUAUUCAUUUUAUAUAUAAGUCAUGUGUAACACACAUGCAUUCUUGUGACUAGUUGUAAAAUAAAUGGAAGUAAAAGUAAUCGUUUUAUUAA